AUGGACAAUCAUGGCAUCAAAGGGACUUCGCCUCCAACCGAGGAGGCCACAGAGUCCCUAGAACUCAUCAAGACCGCCGAGGAUCUCAUUUCCCGCUGCACCAAGAUAUGCGACGAGCUCGAGCACAUGCGCUCAGCUGUUGAAAUUCAAGCAGCCAAGGUCAACAACCACUGGCACGCCUACAUCCCCGGCUUCAGCACAUUCUGGCAGGCCAACGUCAGCCAACGCACGCGGGCAGAAGCCUUGCUUCAACGAUGCGCAGAAACACAUGAGCCAGGCUCAGAAGCAGAGGGCUCGCUAUCUCGAGACUUCAGACUAAUAGUGGGUGAACUCGCAUCAUACGAGAACCACUGGUCGGCGAUCAAGAAGUGCCGCUCAAUCACCUGGUUUCGUUUCGCUGUUCCCUACUCCAAGGCGGGCGGCCAUCUCACCUCGGUAUUCGUCAGCGCCAUUGUCGAUAACGGGCAUGAGUGGAUGAGGGUACUUAGCGUCACCAAGCGGGCUCUGUUGGUACAGAUGGCCGAAGCAGACUUUCCCUGGGACGAGCCCGAUAAUGAGGCCGAUGACGCCGAGCUCGAAGAGGUUAUCAAUGACGAAGAAACCCAGAUCGAGGUCCUGAAGAGCGCAAAACAGCUGUUGGCUGCCGCUCGCGAGAUACAUGGGGGUUAUCAGCAUCGUGUACGAAUCGUGCUUCCCAAUAUCAGUCGUGGCAAUGUACCUGCCAUAGACAGGCUUUUGAAAGGUAUUGAAUGCCUCAGUGAUGACCGCAUCUCACUUGCAUUGGAAUGCGCCGAAGAGAUCCAGGCUCCGCCCCCGCCUCUCGAAGUCGCGAUACCAAAUCUUCUUAGUCAUGGUGAUGUUGCGAAAGCACCAUCGCUGACUCCGUGUCUAAACAUCGACACGUCCAUUUUUGUGGCCCUAACAACAGAUAUCUCCCACAGCCACAGCUCCCAAAGGAAGUGGCGUCCCAAGAUCUUGGAAGACGUUGGGGAUGAAGCGGAGCACGGCCCUAGGCUACCCAAGUCCCUCUAUCCCCUCAUUUGCGGCCACACGCUCGUGUGCACCCGAGAGGCGGCCGAGACGUGUCUGCGCAUGGUGUACGACGCAUCUACAGAAUCAGAAGUCUCUCGAAUAGAGAUAUUGCUUGGGCAGGAGACGCUCAGGGGAAAGCAGGACGACAAGUUGACUUUCCUGGAUCGUGUUCUACGGCAGGAUGGAUGGUGCAUGGAGGGAAAGGACCAAGAGGCAACGGAGAAGCGUCGCCGGCAUCUCGUUGCAGAACUCCAGAGGCUGUCCUGCCAUCCAGUACCCGAAGAUCUACAACUACCCAUUCGCAUUGUGGAAGACUUUCGCAGAGAGCAUGUCGCAGAAGAGGUCCGUAAGGGUACACUGCCAAAGGUCGUGUUGGCGGUGGAGCCAACGUUGAACCAGACCAACUGCUCGUCUUUCUUGUACGGUUGGAAGACGAACCACACAACGAUUACAUGUAAUCGACAUGCUAUGAGGCGGCUGAGGAACCUCGUCAAGAAGAUGCGGUGGUCUCGCGACGCAGAGGCGGCUCCAAUCAUCGCUAUGGACUGGGCUCGAGGUCUAGCAAAGAUACCAUUCCCUGGCGAGGUCUUGGUAGAUGGUCCGCUGAAGGCGGUCACAGACUAG